GGCCUGAGUCAGUCGAGUUGGGGCGCCGGAGUACCGCGUGGCCGGUCGGUUAGUAGUCAGUCAAGCCGAAUCGGUCGUUCGAGGGAGAAACGAGAGGGAGGAACCCCGCGCAAGCAGGAUUAACACAAGCAGAAUAAGAAUGGCGCUCUUUCGCUUCACCCCUAAACGCUGUCUCGAAGUACAGAAAAUAACAUCAGCGGUCUUCACGCGCCAGCUAACCGAUGCGUCCACGGAUCUCAAGAAAAUCCUCUCCGAUAAGAUCCCGCAGGAACAGGAACGUGUCAAAGCCUUCCGUAAGAAUCAUGGCUCAACAAAAGUCGGCGAGGUCACAGUAGAUAUGAUGUACGGCGGUAUGCGCGGUAUUAAAGGUCUCGUGUGGGAACCUUCGGUGCUCGAUCCGGAGGAGGGCAUCCGCUUCCGCGGCAAGUCUAUCCCCGAGUGCCAGAAGAUGCUGCCGAAGGCGUCCGGCGGCGCAGAGCCGUUGCCAGAGGGUCUUUUCUGGCUACUGAUCACCGGCGACGUGCCGACCGAGGCCCAGGUGAAGGCCAUCUCGCAGGAUUGGGCGUCCAGGAGCUCGUUGCCCGAACACGUGGUGAAGGCGCUCAACAACUUCCCCAAGAACCUGCACCCGAUGACGCAGUUCUCCGCUGCGAUCACCAUGCUGAACAGCGAGAGCGAGUUCGUGCGAGCGUACAGCAAAGGCGUGCACAAGAGCAAAUUUUGGGAGAGCGUGUAUGAGGACUCGAUGAACUUGAUCGCCAAGUUACCGGUGGUCGCGGCCACCAUCUACCGUAACAUCUACAAGAACGGCAAAGGCCUGGGCUCCGUCGAUGCCGGCAAGGACUGGUCCUGGAACUUCGCCAACAUGCUUGGUUACGACACCCCACAGUUUAUCGAGCUGAUGCGUCUGUACCUCACCAUACACUCGGAUCACGAAGGCGGCAACGUGUCCGCACACACCACCCACUUAGUAGGUUCCGCCUUGUCGGAUCCUUACUUAUCCUUCGCCGCCGGCAUGAACGGCUUAGCCGGACCUUUGCACGGUUUGGCGAAUCAGGAGGUGUUGGUGUGGCUGGAGAAGCUGCGUAGCCAAGUGGGCGACAGUCCUAGUGACGACAAGCUCAAGGAGUUCAUCUGGAACACGUUGAAGAGCGGCCAAGUGGUGCCCGGUUACGGACACGCCGUUCUCAGGAAAACCGAUCCUAGGUAUACGUGUCAGAGGGAGUUCGCGCUCAAGCAUCUGCCGGACGAUCCGUUGUUCAAGCUGGUAGCACAAGUGUACAAGGUGGUGCCGCCUGUUCUUCUGGAAACCGGCAAAGUGAAGAACCCAUGGCCGAACGUAGACGCGCAUUCGGGCGUGUUACUGCAGUACUAUGGUAUGAAGGAGAUGAACUACUACACGGUCCUGUUCGGAGUAUCUCGCGCGUUAGGCGUACUCGCUUCUCUGGUAUGGGACCGUGCUCUAGGAUUGCCCAUUGAGAGGCCUAAGUCCCUCAGCACCGAUCUCCUCAUGAAGGCCGUUAAAGCUUAAGCUCAUCCGUCAAUCAAUGGCAAUCGUUAUCAGAAUUAUCAUAUCUCUUGAAAUCCAUGUCUCAUCGUAUUUCGGCCCUCGAUUUCCAGCUGAGCGGCGACAGCGAUGUCGAGCGCAACAUAAUUCUGACGGGCGCGUCUUUCAAGACCAUUUUGAUACCGACCUCGGUGGAGUUUUACUUCAACGAGUGUGCGCCUUAUUGAGCGAACAAACGUAAGAGCGCGCGCGAGAAAGAGAAAGAAAGAGAAAGACAAAGAGAUUGUGUGAGUGAACGAAUGAAUGAGAAACAAAGCUAGGUAAUCAAUACGACAAAUAAUUAUGUCAUAACGAUGUAUUAUCUAAAUAUAGGAUCAUUAAGAGCAAAUACGUCUACGCUUCGCGUCCGAGGUAUAUGCGCGCAUACGUUUCCCGUAGGUGAAUUUCGCGUUGGUCUUUAAAAGGCCUGUAAUCCCAAAUCACUGAUACUUAAGAUGGUACCAGUCGACCGAAUACAGUUCCCGCGACGUACUUACCCGAGCAAAGAUAUAUAUUCAUUCAAUUAGUUAAAACUGCCAAAUCCGCGAGGGAAUCCGAGACAGCGCGAAAAUCCAAAAGAUGAUUUUCAAGCAUCUGGGGGUUGUCUGAAAGAAGUCUUUCGGAAUUCUACGCUACUUAGAAAUGCGAAUACGUAUAUAAAUACACGGGAUAGAGAAAUGUAUCAGGAAUAGGAUAACGAAUAUCGCUAAAAACUAUUGUAAAUACAGUUAUCGCUCAAUACUCAGUAACACAUUGACUAUCAUAUCGAUUAAUUCGAUACCUACGACAAUGGUCAACGUGUCAAUUAGCGGUAAUGCUGACAAUGCAAAAGCAUGAAAUAACAAAGACGCUUGGAAAUAGCGGCUCGUGGAGUCGCGUAAAAUCCAAGAUGUCGUAGACGUCUGGACAUUAUUAAGAUAUCCUAAUGACGAUCUGAUACGAAUUGAACGUUAUUCGGGCGUCUCUCUAAUGUAUUUGGUUACUUAGCACUAUCUGAAACUGUAACAGUAUGAAUUGGACACGUGUAAUAAUAUUACUAUUGUCACUUUGCCUCAUUGUUUAAAAAACGCACUGCCCAAAAAUGUUAUCAUAUAUUUUGUUUUUUUUUAAAUUAGGAUUCAAAUUUGUUUAAAAAUUUUUGAAUUUCAUAAUGGAACCAUGAAGUAUGCUGAGAAAUCUGUGAAUAGAUUUCAAGGAAAUAUAAAGUUAGUGCACCGGCGUCAAAAUGCGUAUAUGCGGUGUUUAUUAGCACAGAUAUAGAUCUCCCUAUCGAUAACUUAACGUCUCCCUCAGGAAGUCCAUUGCAAUUGCUCUUAGAAAAAAGAAAACAAAGUAGGGAAAUAUUUAAGAAUGAUGAUGCAGAAGGAGAAUAUGUCCUAUUAGCAAGCACGUUCUUUUAGUCUUAUUAAAUGUCGAAUAUUAUAUCAUAUUUUUUUCAAAUAUUUAUAACAUAAAAAUAAAAUAUUAUAAUAUUAUUAUAUUAUAGUAUUUUUUAAAUAUUUAUAGUAUAAAUAUAUAAAAUAUUAUAUAAUAAUAUUCGAUCGCACUGUUGUAAGUCGCGUAUAGUUCACGUAAAAGGGAAAAUCACGAACAUACUGAUGGAUUUAUUGUUCAAAGAAUGAAUGGAAAUGUACGAUCGGAUAAUAUUAUUAUAAUAUUUUAUAUAUGAGUACUUUAUUUAUAACGAACAUGAAAAUAAAUGGACAAUACGAUAUAAUUGACUACGAAUAAUCAAUUCGAACGUUUCUUCUUCAUGUCACGUGUGAUAUUGCCUUAAGCAUUUAGUAAAAAAUCAAGUAUAAAUCCAACUAUAAAUAUAAAUCGUUCGACGUAUGUUAAAAGAGGUAAUUUUAAAAAUAUGUAUAAUUUCUUCGUAUCGAAAAUGCCGACUACAAGAUGCAUGAAGCAUUCUUUUUUUUCUUGAAAUAAAAUUUAAUAAAAUUUUAAAAGUAA